AUGCGAGAGGCGGUGCAGUUAUUGACCAGAUGGGUGGCAGCUCAGGAGCAACGACGUGAGUCAGGCGGUGAUCAGGUACAUGGGGUAGGCAGCUCGAGGGCCCGUGAGUUUUUGACUUGUAACCCUCCAGAGUUCUUCGGGACAAAGCCUGAAGAAGACCCCCAGGAGUUUCUUAGGGAGAUGCAGCGCACCUUACGGCUGAUUAAGGCCUCUCCGACGGAGUCAGUUGAGUUGGCCUCAUACAGAUUGCAUGAUGUCGCGGCCAAUUGGUACGAGUCUUGGGAAUUAGCUAGGGGUAGAGGAGCCCCUCCUGCUGUGUGGGAUGAGUUCACGGAGGCUUUUCUGAGACAUUUCCUACCACCAGAGCUACGGAGGGCCAGAUUGGACAGAUUUCUAUCACUCAGGCAGCGAGGCCGCAGUGUCAGGGAGUAUAGUUUGGAGUUUGACUCUCUGGCUCGAGUAUCAGGUAGGAUCGACCUCUACUCCUCAUGGCUGACUCUUAGAGGAUUUGCUGAUUUGAGUCUUCAGGGUGAGCAUGAGGACAUUCGCUGCGACAAAAUUUCCAUCUUAAUAGUUUGCAUUACUACUUCAAUUAUUCUGGACAAAGGUCUAGCUGCUAUUUUUGAUGUCACGACUUAUGGUGCUAAGGGAGAUGGAGUAACCGAUGAUUCUCAAGCCCUCAAAACAGCUUGGAUAGCUGUAUGCAAUGAUACUAAAAAUCCAACAAUGAGCCUACCAAGUGGAAAGUUAUUCUUAUUGAGCCCUAUAUUAUUUCAAGGCCCUUGCAAAUCUCCCGCUGUUAAAAUGCAGGUUUUAGGGAAUAUAACAGCACACUCAAAUUCAACCAAAUGGGUAGGGUGUGAAAAUAAUAGUUGGCUUUAUUUCAGUAGCAUAUUUGGUCUCAUCAUCAGCGGUACUGGACACAUUAAUGGCCAAGGUGCUUCCCGGUGGAACAUCGCAAAUCCUCUUCAUAAGGCGAUACACUUUAAUUUUUGUAAUGAUCUUCAAUUGAAUGGAGUGAACCUGGUUGAUAGUCCAAGAAAUCAUAUUAGCAUCACAUUUAGCAAAAGGGUAACUAUCUCCCAUAUCACUAUAAGUGCACCUGAAGAUAGUCCCAACACUGAUGGUAUUGACAUCUCUACUUCUCAUCAAGUUCACAUUUUGGAUUCCACCAUUCAAACAGGUGAUGAUUGUAUUGCGAUCAAUUUGGGAUGUUCUAAUAUCAAUAUUACUGGUAUUUCAUGUGGACCGGGACAUGGUAUAAGUGUAGGAAGCCUAGGAGUUAAUGGGACUUUUGCUAUUGUGGAGAAUAUCAAUGUAGCACAUUGUACCCUCCAAGGAACCCAAAAUGGUGUAAGAAUCAAAACAUGGCAGGUAAGUGGUAUGGGGUUUGCUAGAUUUAUAAAUUUUGAAAAUAUCAAUCUCACUGACGUUAGAAAUCCCAUCAUUAUAGACCAAUUCUAUUGCAACGGCGCUCAUGAUUGUGGAAUUAAGCCAAAUGCAGUCCAAGUGAGUAAUGUGACAUACAAGGAUGUUUUUGGGACAACACCAAGCAAGAUAGCAAUAAAUCUAAAUUGCAGUGACAACAACACAGCUUGCACCAACUUAUUGUUUCAUCAAAUUAACAUAACCUCAGCUUUGCCUCAAAAACAAACUCUUGCAGCUUGUCAUAAUGCUCAUGGACAAGUUGGCAAUUCAAGUUUACCCCCAAUAACAUGCUUGAAACCAUAA